AUGUCGCCCGUGGACGCGAUCGCGCGUAUCUCGAAGCUGUUGGUGCUCUCAUACGUUGUCGACUGGGUGUUCAUUGUAGGCCUCGCAUUGAUCGGCUAUGGCUUCUACAAGGUCGAACCCAACCACCACCCGUUUUCCCUCGCCGACCCGAGCAUCUCCUUCCCUUAUACUGAGAACGAGACCGUGACGACCGAAACCCUGGUCUUGGUCGGACUGUUUGCUCCGGCUGUUAUCGUCCUUCUCGGUGCGUUCGCGCUCGUUCCUGGGACCGCCACGGCCGAUGGUGCGAAAGCCUUGAAGACGCAAAUGAUCCGUCGCAAAAUAUGGGAGUGGAAUGCAGGCUGGCUGGGCCUGGCUCUGGCGCUGGCAGCUGCUUGGACGUCCACUCAGGGAUUGAAGGACCUUACUGGAAAGCCCCGUCCUGAUCUUCUGGCGCGUUGCAACCCGGAUGUGAGCAACAUCGCUGCUCAUGUGGUCGGUGGACUCGGUGAUCGUCUGCAGGGCGCCGCAGUUCUUGUCGACUGGACGAUCUGCCAAGAUCAGUCUGAUCUGGUGCGCGUGGAUGGGUUCUCGAGUUUCCCCAGCGGCCACUCUUCCUUCUCUUUCGCCGGCUUGGGAUACCUGACACUCUGGCUGGCCUCGAAGUUUUCCAUCGCUUUCCCUUAUCUGCCGCAAUACCCAGUCGAGGGUCAAGACUUUAGCGAUGACCGGUCUUCGGUCCGUACGCGCGGCGCGGCGCCUCCGAUUCUCAUGAUGAUCCUCGCAUUUGUGCCCACGGCCACGGCAUGCUUUAUUGCCGCUUCUCGCUGGAUGAACUACAGACACCACGGAUUCGAUAUCCUCUUCGGUUCUGCUGUUGGUAUCUUCUUUGCCUACAUUGGCUUCCGCAUGUACCACCUUCCGAUGCAGCGCGGCGCAGGCUGGGCUUGGGGACCUCGCGGCCCGCGAAGGGCCUUCAUUCGUGGUGUUGGAUUCCCUAGUUCUCUCGGUGUGGAUAGCUGGACGUAUACGCGGAAAAUUGACAAGGUCCGCAACGACUUCCACGCCGAAACAGAUGUUGAAAAUGUUCCAAUGCGGGACCAAACCGGAGCAACACCCUACUGA